UUCAUCUAUUCAAUAUAGUUCAAAUCCCAUUUCAAACAAACCAUCGACAUGAGUGGACGUGGUAAUGCAGGUAAAUCUAAAGGAGUCAAGUCCAAGACGAGGUCGUCCCGUGCCGGACUCCAAUUCCCGGUCGGCCGUAUCCAUCGCCUGUUGAGAAAAGGUAAUUACGCCGAGCGCGUCGGAGCCGGAGCACCGGUGUACCUAGCUGCCGUCAUGGAAUACUUAGCAGCUGAAGUUUUGGAAUUGGCCGGUAACGCCGCCCGUGAUAACAAGAAGUCUCGUAUCAUCCCCAGACAUUUGCAAUUGGCAAUCCGAAAUGACGAAGAAUUGAACAAAUUGUUGUCUGGAGUAACCAUCGCUCAAGGUGGUGUGUUGCCCAACAUCCAAACUGUUCUCUUACCUAAGAAAACUGAAAAACAAGCCUAGAUUCUUCCGCACUGCAUUGAAAUAAAAAUAAAACGGCCCUUAUCAGGGCCACCAAUUUAAUUCAACUACAGGCCCCGCCUACCUUUCGUUCAUCCUCUCAAACUAUUUGUUACACAUCACCUGGUAUCGUUCAACAAAUAAUCAACCAAAGCCCCCUGCGCAGACUCCAUCACUAAUACAACCAUCAAACUCUUA